AUGGUAGUAUUCGUUAUUGCAGAGAAAACCGACAUAGAAGGGACCUUAUUUGUGUACAAAAGGUCAGCUUCUCCUUAUCAUGGUUUUACGAUAGUGAAUCGACUGAACAUGCACAACCUGGUUGAACCAGUAAAUAAAGAUUUGGAGUUUCAGCUCCAUGAACCUUUUCUUCUCUACAGAAAUGCUAGCUUGUCAAUUUACAGUAUCUGGUUUUACGACAAGAAUGACUGUCAUCGAAUAGCAAAACUCAUGGCUAAAGUGGUAGAACAAGAAGCUCAGAGAUCGCAGCAAGUUUCCCAGGACCGAAAGAGUCCCAGCAGAACCAAUGGCUGCAAUGAAAACAGGCCCAUCGACAUCCUGGAAAUGCUUAGUAAAGCCAAGGAUGAAUAUGAACGAAAUCAGAUCAGUGACUUAGGUAUUAUGUCAAGUUCUGGAAUGCAACAAAAUGUAAAUCCACCAAAGCCAGAAAGUACAGAGCCUUCAGAACAAAAAACUUCAUUACGAGUUCAAGACCAGCCAUUUCAGUCAAGGCAGAAGCAUCUGACUUUGGAGGAACUGUUUGGAACCUCUGUACCAAAGGAACAGCCUGCACCUCCGUAUCCCAAUCCAGAGAGAAUGGAAAAGUUGCAGACUGACACCUCUGCCAGAGAGCAGCACAGUUUGCUCUUGCCUUUUUCCUUUGACCAGUCAACAGUAAUACAACAAUCACUAGGGAAAUCUGAAAGUCCAAGCGUUAAAACCAUUUCAAGCUAUUCGGUUCGUUUAAGCCCUAAUCUUAAUUCAGCCUCGACAACGGAAGCUGCCCCUGCUCAGAUGCUUCCUGGCCUAAAACAAAACAACAGUAUAAUGCAAGUUAUGCAGCAAGCUGCCAAGCAGAUACCCCCACUAGUGAAUCAGCCGCCAUCUGAAGUGAACCACGCUCCACAAAAUCUAAUGGCUGGCCAAAGCCAGCUUAUAGCACCCUUGACAUCAACAAGUACAGGAACUGUCUCAAAUACAUCCCAUACAAGUGUUGAUCUUCUCCAGAAACUCAGGUUGACCCCACAGCAUGACCAAAUGCAACAGCAGUCUCUCACUAAGACUUCCUUAACACCGAACAUCUCUGCCUCGGUUGGCCAACUUGCAACACCAGAAAGCUUCAAAGAAUCUCACAGUAAGCCAUCAACCUUGAACAGCAAGAUAAUCUCUCCCCUUCAGACUGUACAACAAAACAAGGAAUCUGAAGUAUUUCCACAGCCGAAGACUUUGUCUAAAGCAAGUCAAGUUGCACCUCCGCAGUUUGUUACAACCACAACUACAGUAACGCCUUCAAUCCUCUUGUCUCCUAGUGUUUUUCAGCAAUCAGCUACAAAAGCUACUGAAGUGGAGAAUAAAGCCAAUUCUUCUUCGCCUUUAACACUGGGAACAACAGAAAUUCAGACUAUACCACCUACUGUUCUCAGUAGGUCUCAGCUUCAAGAAGCACUGAUACAUCUAAUAAAGAAUGAUUCCCGUUUUCUCAGCACUAUUCAUGAAGUCUACUUGCAAGUCCUAACCAAGAAUACAGACAACAUUAAGCUAUAA